CAGGGCACAAUGGCUAAUGACAGCAAGAAGACCGUCCUUAUAACAGGGUGCUCAUCAGGCAUCGGCCUGAAGAUUGCAGUGCAGCUGGCGAAGGACCCCCGGCAGCGUUACCAUGUACCAAUGGUGAUUGCCACUAUGAGAGACCCCAACAAGAGUGCAAAGUUGGAAGCAGAAGCUGGAGAGUCCUUCAAUAAGACCCUGGUAAUCAGACAGCUGGAUGUAACCAAUGAAGAGUCAGUGAAGAAAUGCAUAGCAGAGCUGCCUGGUCAGACAGUGGACAUCCUUGUGAACAACGCUGGUGUAGGCCAGGCUGGUCCCCUUGAAAGCAUCUCAAUGGACGACAUGAGGAAAGUCUUUGAGACAAACUUUUUUGGGGUGGUGCACUUGAUCAAAGAAUUGCUCCCUGCCAUGAAGAAGAGAAGAAGUGGUCACAUUGUGGUUAUAAGCAGCGUCAUGGGGUUACAAGGCAUUGUUUUUAAUGACGUCUAUGCAGCUUCAAAAUUUGCAAUUGAAGGAUUCUGUGAAAGUCUGGCCGUUCAACUCUUAAAGUUUAAUAUCUUUGUUUCAUUAAUUGAGCCUGGACCAGUCAACACAGAGUUUGAGAUCAAGAUGAUGGAGGAAGUGGCUCGCUCAGACUUUCCAGGUGUUGACGCUGAGACCAUAAGAUACUUUAAGGAGGUUUACCUCCCAGGCGCACAUGAGAUCUUUGUCACCUUGGGGCAGACACCAGAUGCCGUGGCAAAGGCCACGGUGAAGGUGAUAGGAAUGGAGCAGCCGGUCUUGCGUCGACAGACGAAUCCUCUCUACACCCCACUCACUGCUUUGAAAUAUGCAGACAACACUGGAAACCUCUCCGUCAGGACCUUCUACAAUAUGAUCUUCAACUAUGGCUGCCUCUUUCAUUGCAGCCUCAACUGCUUGAAAUGUAUCACCUGCAACUGUUUUAACCGGAGAGUCAUGCCAGUCUGAAGAAUGAGAAUGUCAGCCUACAGAUCAGCAUAUAAAUGGUACAGAUGCUUUUGCAAACAAUUUUUUUUUUUCUCUAAUGCAUCUAAAAUUAACAUAAAGAUAAAAACAACUUAGCAAAUAGUUUUGAUUAACACUAUCCUACUGGUUUGCAUCCACAGCUUCUAUGCAUAUCUAUAUGUUUCCAUGGAAACAGACUACCAUGUGUAGUCAGAUGCUGUAAUCAUGUGUUACUCCCUUCCAUAUGCCUUCUCUACAGGCAGUUGGUCGAGAAUAGAAAAGCAUUAAAAAAAAACAAGACGGCACUCUCAUAAGGACCCUUAACCCCUUAGUUACCACCAAUACGACUUUUUACAGCAGUCACUAAGGGGCCUUAGACUGGGCUGCCUUAUCACGGCGGCCCAGUCUAACAUGAGAGCCGCGCUCCUGCUCUAACAGCCUGGACUGGCAGGAGUGCCGAUCCGGGCUGUUUAACCCCGUACAUGCCAUGGGCAAUGGCGCCCACCGCAUGUAAGCGGUGACAGAGGGAGCGGACUCCCUAUGUCUCUU